AUGCAGCGAUCCGGCUACGGGCAAUCGCCCCCUUUACACCACCCUGUCCCGCAACACGUCUCAACUGUUCCCCAACUACGAUCGCCUCCGCCGCCCACGUCGCAACCCCAAUCGGGCUAUGAUGGAAGUCCUUACCAGCAGCAAGGGCGGGCGCCGUCAGGAAAUAUGUUCGGCCAAUACGGAAACUUCAUAAACGACCCGGCCGCGCAGCUGGCCUCGCAGUUCGGACAGACAGCUUUCAAGCAGGGACAGGAAUACCUCGAGCAGAAUGUCAACCGCUUUGUCAGUGUCUCGGCGCUUAAACACUACUUUAACGUCACCAACUCCUACGUAAUAAACAAGCUAUUCCUUGUCCUGUUUCCCUGGAGGCACAAGCCCUGGUCCCGCAAGCAGACAGUAAGCCCCGGCGGCCAGGAAGGCUGGUACCUGCCUCCCAGGGACGACAUCAACAGCCCCGACAUGUAUAUCCCGGUCAUGUCGCUGGUCACCUACAUCUUCCUCCAGACCCUCAUCGCCGGUCUUCGCGGUCAGUUCCAGCCGGAAUUGUUCGGAUACAUUGCGACAACUGCGCUAGUGGUGGUUAUUGUUGAGAUCCUGGGCUUGAAGCUGGGAUGCUACCUCCUGAGCAUCUCCAACGAAUCGCAGCUCUUGGACCUCGUCGCUUACUCUGGGUACAAGUUUGUUGGCGUUAUUGUCACCAUCUCUCUUGCCGAGAUUGUCAAUGGCGGCAAGGGAACCGGUGGUGUGAUCGGCUGGACUGUCUUUGGUUACACUUUCUUCGCGAACGCUCUCUUCUUGAUGCGCUCCUUGAAAUACGUUCUUCUUCCCGAGAACAACAACAACGCCCAGGGUCCUAUGCAAACUAUGCCCACCGAGGGUCGGGCAAAGAGAUCGCAGAGGCUCCAGUUCCUCUUCUUCUACGCCUACAUCGUGCAGCUCUUUUUCAUCAGGAACCUCCUCAAUCUCAAAAUGCCCAAGGCAGCAGCUCCCGCAAAGAAAGAUGAUAACGAGCUAUCGCCUAUCGUCAAAGCCACGCUACAAGCGUCAGUCAUUGCGGGAAUAUCAAACGUUCUCGCCCAGGCCAUCAGUGCCUACAAAGAUGGUACGCCUUUGGUGAUCGACUGGGUACCUGUAUUCCAGUUCUUCCUCUUUGGUGUGAUUUCCACGCCUCCCAAUUUUCUGUGGCAAGAACUCCUCGAAACCACCUUCCCCUCCCACCACAUCUCCCCCACCACCUCCGCCAUCCGCUCCGCCUCCGCCUCCGACGAAAAGUCUCUCGACGACUCCGCCUCCCUCGGCACGCUCGUCGAACCCGCCCUCAACAAAGGCAACACCUUCAUCAAAUGGCUCCUCGAUCAAACCGUGGGAGCAGCCGUCAACACUUUGCUGUUCAGCAUGUUCAUGCACGGCACGCAAGCGGCUAUGCAGCACCGGGCCACCUCUUCAUUCGGUUCUGGGGCAGAUAACAGCUUCUGGUUUUUGAUGGACGGCAUCAAAAGGGGCAACGCGAUCCAGUAUCACUCCGUCAACUGGAACUGGGUCUGGGAGGAGUCGAAGCGGGAGUUUUGGAGUUUGCUGGUGGCGAGCUGGAAGUUUUGGCCGUUUGUGAGUAUUGUCAAUUUUGCCGUGUUGAAGACGGUGGCUGCGAGGAGUCUGGCGGGGAAUCUGGCGGGCAUUGCGUGGGGGGUUUAUAUGAGUUUGUUCGCUGCUGCGCAGUAA